GCCUCACAGCCCGUCAUGGCACCUCAGCGCCCUCACAGCCCCUUCACGGCUCCUCAGAGCCCUCGUGGCCCCUCAGAGCCCCCUCACGUCCCCUCGUGGCCCCUCAGCCCCUCCCGCAGCACUAACGGCCGCUCUCUCUUGCAGUCGUCCCACAAGACGUUCAAGAUCAAACGCUUCCUCGCGAAGAAGCAGAAGCAAAACCGGCCCAUCCCGCAGUGGAUCCGCAUGAAAACAGGCAAUAAGAUCAGGUACAACUCCAAAAGGAGACACUGGAGAAGGACCAAACUGGGCUUGUAAGAGAGACUGUCUCCUGGGAACUCUAAUAACACUUGUCUUUCUGCGUCAGAUUGAUACACCCGCACACACUGUUGGACAUCCCCUCAGUCAUUCCUGCUGUAGUGUUGGACCGCAGUGCCCAGUUGUUUUUGUAUACGCUGGUUUGGGUUAAUGAUCGGGAAUAAUCUUGAGGCAGUUGCCAUCUGAAACAUGAAGACUGUGUUCUAUUAGUGUUCUUUCUUUCAGGCAUCCUAAGUGUUGACAGUGUACGAGCUUGUUAAUAAACAUGGACCUGAAUGA